AUGAGGGAUCCACACAAUCACCAAUCUAGAGGUUUUGGUUUUGUAAGUUUUCAACGUGAGGACAGUGCGAAGCAAGUUUUACAGAAUAGAUAUCACGAUAUGUUAGGUAAGCGCGUCGAAGUGAAGUCAGCAGUUCCCCGUGGUCAAGCUCCACCACCACAACGUGGACCUCCACGUUCCUCUCAAGGAUACGGUUAUGCACGAGGUGGUGGUCCAGGUAGUGGAUACGGUUAUGGAGGCAACGCUCCAAGUUACGGAGGAGGAUCUGCUCCAUGGGGCUCGCAAGGCGGCUUCGAAGGUCAAAAGCAACCUGGUUAUGGGUACUCUGACAAGUCAGAAGCACCUUCUCACGGGUGGUCAGAGCAUACUGCUCCAGAAGGCUAUGUUUAUUACUACAACUCAAAAACUGGUGUAUCGCAGUGGGAACGACCAUCUGAAAUGCAAUAA